GUGGUCUGAACUACGGCCUGAAGCAGAUGUGGUACCUGAGGGUGGAGGACAGGAACGACCUGAUGGUGCAGAAGAUGCGGCGCUACAUCAACGCCUUCGCCAAGGAUGGCGAGGGUGGUGCCGCCGAGAGAGAGGAGGGGGAGAAAGGCGGGGAGAGUGGCGGCGGCCCGGAGCUCAGGAGCAACAAGCAGAGGAGGGGCUUCAACAAGGUCCACGCGGGCUGGCAGGCCAUCCGCCGCAGCGCUCUGAGCAUGGACCUGGAGCCUGAGUAUGAGGAGGAGGAGCAGGAGGUGCGGGAUAUCCGAUUUGUCUAGAACAGGGGGGGCCCACACUUUAAGGGCGUGCAAGCUACUUUAAAAAUGAGCAGGUCAAAAUGAUCUACCUACAUGGCAAAAUGCUAGACACAGCGGCUGCUGGUAGUAGUCUCAAGCAUGCUUCCAAAAGACAAUCAGUCAUGGUGGAACGGUGUUUGCACUUAAUAAUCUUUAUGUGGUAAAAGGACAAGCAUAAAUAAGUAGAGCCAAAUAAUGCAGUCAAGGAAGUAGCACAUUUCCUCAUGUUUGGAUACUUUUCCUUUGUGAGUAAGUUCCAAAAUUGUCCAUGAGCCCUGGAUUGAAGCUCAAUAUCAGUUCGUACUAUCAAAAUCUCUUCCUUCACUGCAGACUUGUUCAGGUGAAACAGUGCUGCAAUUUUUUGUGAUUGAGUAAAUCAACCUCAACAUCUUCCCUAAAUGGAUAGCAGUCUUGAGAGUCUUGAAAAAGUUGGUCAAAGUCCAAC